AAACUCUUUUGUGAUAGUUUUUUUUAUAGUGCUAACUGAAGAUCGUUUUUGGAUUUUUUUUAGUACUUUGUACCUACCCAGCGUCAACUUUUUAUCACCAGUCAAAGAUUUACUGAAUGAAAAAGGCAAAUCACCCUCGGAACUAUUUUAUAAAAGACAGUUUAGAGACAAAAUUCCGGCAGGACUAGAUAUGGAAUACAAAACAAUAGAUGAAGAAGUGAGAAACAGAGAUCUUAAAAGGAAAGCGACAGAUAGCAACUGCGAAAUAGGGUAAAAAGUAUUGGUAAAAAAUGUAAUUAAAAAUAAUAAGUUGACCUCCAAUUUCAAUCCUACUACCCAUACAAUCCUUCUCCGUGUGAGAGGAGGCCUGUGCCCAGCAGUGGGACGAUAAAAAGGCUGUAACAGUAAAUAUAAAAGAAAGUAGAUACAUAUCAUUUUAUUGUACUUAAUGAAAUCCCAUCUAGGAACUUCACUUAUUUGCCCUAAAAUAGAGUAAGUAAGUACUAUAUAAGAGCUACCUAGAUACUAUCUUUUCUAACAAAUGUGAUAUCCCUGAUUAUUUUUAAAAUAAUAAUUUCUUUUUGUUAAGUAGGUAACUACGUGAAGCAAUUUCCACGGCAUAAGCGUGGCACCGCACAAACAAUUAGUCUUCACUAAUUUUAUGAAUGUGAGUGAUGCAACAAUGAUUGGCAUAGUAUCUAUAGUCCUGGCAGUGCUGCAGGUCAGCUCUGCAGCUUGCGACGCGAACAGCUAUGCCAACAGCACCCCCAUAGAGCUGCUGCAGGCGUACAUACAGAUCAACACCACCACAUAUAAUGAUCUUACGCCGGCAGUAGAAUUCUGGACUGCAUUAGCCGAACUAGCCGAUGUGAGUAUCGAAACUCACGAGCUGGUGGAAGGCUUCCCCAUACUGGUCCUCAAGUGGCCAGGGACGGAUAGCAGCCAACCCAGCAUUAUGCUCAACUCGCAUAUGGAUGUCGUUCCUGCUAGUUUCGAGGAUGGCUGGAAAUACGGUCCUUUCCUUGGCCACAUCGACGACGACGGCGUCAUAUGGGGCCGAGGGACGCAAGAUAUGAAGUCGGUGUCCAUACAAUACUACUCAGCGCUGAGGAGGCUCAAGGAAAACAACGUUACGCUGCUCAGAGACAUUUAUAUGACUCUCAUGCCAGAUGAGGAGGUAGGAGCGGAAUCUGGUAUGAUUCCAUUCUUGCAGACUGAUACCUUCGCUUCCAUGAAUGUGGGUGUAGAGCUCGAUGAAGGCUCCCCAUUCCCUGCACCUAUGAUCGCACUCUUCUAUCAAGACAAAGUUGUUUGGCAGAUACAAGUCACUUGCCAUGGCGUGUCUGGUCAUGGUUCCAGUUUCCCUGCGACGAAUGACACCGCUACUGGCAAGUGCAACAACGUGGUAAACAGGUUGUUCCAGUUCAGAGACGAACAGUACGAAAUAGCAGCCACCGCGCUCCCGACUGCGGCUGGCGGAUACACUUCUAUCAACCUCAACAUAGUGAGCGGUGGAACAGCCAACAAUGUGGUCCCGAGCGAAAUAAGCCUUGUCUUCGAUAUACGUUUGAGUACUACACUCAACGAAGAAGCAUUCGAUGCUCAACUUCGUGAAUGGAUCUCAGAGGCUGGUGACAACAUAACCCUGACUUACAUCUUGAAGAAUCAGCAGUCUCCAGCGACUGUCGCCAACUCCACCAACCCUUACUACGUCGCUAUCACUGAAGCAGCCGAGGAUCUUGGCAUCACAAUUGUACCGACGCUGCCGCCCGGCUCGACGGACGCUCGUCACGUGCGUAACGCCGGCUACCCAGCUUUCGGCUUCUCCCCCAUGCCCAACACUGAGAUGCUUCUCCAUGCCGUGGACGAACAUCUUGCCGUGUCUGUCUUCAACGAUGGCAUCGACACGUACGAAGAAAUCAUUACCAGACUGGCCAACAUACCUGCUAACUCCACAGCUACGGACCAGAGUGUUUAUCUCUAUAGUACAGCUUAAUAAACCAGUAAUGUUCUAGAAUCGCCAUACCAGUGUAUUUAAAAUUAGAACAGGAGUUCAAAUGCUAAUAAUUUCUAGUAAAUAAAAUAAAUGCCGAUAAAAAUCCGGUUGAGAAAAGAAAGGGAGCGUUCUGCUUUUGUUUUCUAAGAUUGCUGGUCAUGUUCUUGUGUCAGAAAUAGAAACUGAUAAAAAGAAAAUACGUUAAAAAUAUUACUUAGGUAAGUCAUUUCGUAUCUAAGUCAUAGAAUCUUCUUGUAUCUUGUAAAUAAAUCUAUUAUAAAUCGAUGUACAUCUAUACUAAUAUUAUAAAGCUGAAGAGUUUGUUUGUUUGAACGCGCUAAUCUCGAGAACUACUGGUCCGAUUUGAAAAUUUCUUUCAGUGUUAGAUAGCCCAUUUAUCGAGGAAGGCUAUAGGCUACUUUUUAUCCCGGUACGGGAAGUAGUUCCCACGGGAUGCGGGUGAAACCGCUGGCAGAAGCUAGUAAAUAAUAAUAUCUAUAUCUUUGUGAUAGUAAGAUAAUGGACAAUAUUUAAUAUUUUAACCAAAGUGUAAAAGUAACUAAUUAUCAUAUUUUUACAUUUAUUCUGUGUUUAUAAAUGACUUUAUUUUAAA